UUUAUCACAUGGCCGAAGCCGAACCACAUGUCCCUCCGGACACAUGGGUCAUGGGUUCGGACCGAAUAGCCGUCGUCAUUCGCUUUCCCUGCAAUUAGCUUUUGAGUUUCCAACGAAUGCAUUAUGCAUUAAUGACGGCUUAUAAUAUCUCCAUCACCGAUAACUAAUCUUUCUCCUUUUUCCUCUUUCUUGGAACCCAGGGUUUCUCAACUAUUUUUCCUCUGACCGCCAAUCCAAGAAAUUUUCAACCAGUAUUCUUUACCACUACCAUCUGCAAUCCCACAGCAAAAUCCUUACGUGGGCGUACAGGAGAUGAUGUCUGUAAGGGGGCUGACCCGGGUAUCGAGGUCGGCUUGCGCCCGUUGUCGAUGGGUCUACUCUUCUUUGGGCACUUAUGCCGACCCGCCAUUGCUCCAGAACUCCUCUCACUUUCGCUCCCCUGUUCAAGCUUCUCAAGAGGUUUUGGGUUGCAGAGUUAUUUAUUCUUGGGUUUCAAGUGCCCUGAGUAGUGUAGGACAACAGGCUCACAUUCAGAGCAGCUCUGCUGUUGAGGAGCAACUAGAUCCAUUCUCUCUUGUUGCCGAUGAAUUGUCCAUUCUUGCAAAUCGCUUGAGGUCCAUGGUAGUUGCUGAGGUUCCCAAACUUGCCUCUGCUGCGGAGUAUUUUUUCAAAAUGGGGGUUGAAGGGAAAAGGUUUCGACCCACUGUUUUAUUGUUGAUGGCAACUGCUUUAGAUGUACAGAUGCCCAGACAUCCUGCCGAUGCUGCGAUUGAUACCUUGUCCACAGAGUUGCGGUCUAGACAACAAUGUAUUGCUGAGAUCACAGAAAUGAUACAUGUAGCUAGCCUCCUGCAUGAUGAUGUGUUGGAUGAUGCUGAUACAAGAAGAGGGAUUGGUUCAUUGAAUUUUGUGAUGGGAAAUAAGUUAGCUGUAUUGGCCGGAGAUUUCCUGCUGUCCAGAGCUUGUGUGGCACUUGCCUCUUUGAAAAACACGGAGGUUGUGUCCCUCUUGGCUAAAGUUGUGGAGCAUCUAGUAACUGGCGAAACCAUGCAAAUGACUACUACAUCAGACCAGCGUUGCAACAUGGAAUAUUAUAUGCAGAAGACAUACUAUAAAACUGCCUCAUUGAUUUCAAAUAGCUGCAAGGCCAUUGCCCUUCUUGCUGGACAAACAGCAGAAGUGUCAAUUUUGGCUUAUGAGUAUGGAAAGAACUUGGGAUUGGCUUACCAAUUAAUUGAUGAUGUCCUCGAUUUUACUGGCACGUCAACUUCACUUGGGAAGGGUUCCUUGUCUGACAUUCGCCAUGGAAUUAUUACUGCUCCUAUAUUGUUUGCUAUGGAGGAGUUCCCUGAGCUGCGCACUGUUGUCAAUGAAGGAUUUGACAGUUCUGCGAAUGUGGAUCGUGCUCUAGAAUAUCUUGGGAAGAGUCGUGGAAUUCAGAGAACCAGGGAGCUGGCAGCAAAGCAUGCUAGCCUUGCCUCAGCUGCUAUUGAUUCAUUUCCAGAGAACAAUGACGAGAAUGUCCAAAGGUCGAGGAGGGCACUUGUAGAAUUAACACAUAGAGUCAUCACCAGAACAAAGUAAGACACACCGAUGAUUAUCUCAGGCCACAGAGACAAAGCAAGUGUAGGAAAGUUUUGUCUUUUCUUCUUCUACAGUCUUCCUUCAUCACCAAUAGAUGAGAACUGAUAAUUUGUUAUAUCAUCAUUUGAUUGGUAUUCAUUAUUUUGCUUGAAAUAAACGUCUGCCAAUUAAAACUCACUCAAACCGGGCAAGAUCUGAUGUAAAGUAUGUAGAAGAUGUGGUAUUACCCCAAGAUUUUGCUAGUCGAUGCAUCAUGCAUGGGAUAUUUAUUCAUAUUACACGACUGUAUUGGAGUUAUCGAUCUGGAGGGUCAUUUACGUCAUCUAUGAGUUUGUUUUAUUUGUUGUCUA